CAAAAAAUUAUGCAGUCGUUAGACAUCGUUACUGUAUUGAAUGCCAUGGUCCAUACUUUUUCUGCCCACGAAUAUUGAGAAGAUGGCACACCAUGAGAACAACACCGUCGUCAUUUUAACGUCUUUUUUCAUCCAAAAUGCUUUKUAYUUCUACUAGAUGUUUGACUCUGCAUACAAAAAAUGAAACACUUUGUCUAUCACAAGCUGCAUUUUCAGAAGAAGAAGCAUAAAGACGCGAACGUUGAGCAAAAAGAUGACGAUCACAAUAUUCGACUCCACAUGCAUGUUUCCUCUCUUCCUGAUUGUACGGUUAUAUCCCGGGGAAACUCACCACACAAAACCGUGGUGCACUAAUUCGUUUCCAUARUAUACAAACAGUUUGUUUAUUCAUAAAAAGCAAUUUUAUAAUUUAUUGUAUACAGAAUGCAGUUCUAAAAUGAAAGCAAUAGUUCCAACAGAGGAGAUGAAGGGUCCACCACAACAUUGCCUGAUUCAUCGUGGCCGUAAGCUGGACCUUUUCCGCCCACACCAGGUGUUGCUCGGCCCCUACUUCCAUCACUUGCAUUCUGUUCCGCAGCGCUCGAUAAAGUCAUAUAGGACUGAGCAAAUACCCAUCGAAUACUGCUCCAUGCGAAACAACUACGUGCAACAUUAUUGUUUUCUGCACCCUCCAACGGAUCGUACACAACAAUAGGGUCUACAGUAUACAUGCCGGUCACAGGAUCAUAUGAACCCGCAUUUCGACGCAACAUGUAGUUUGAUCGAACUGAGUACCCGUUGUUAUCGGCGGGAUCUCUUUGGUGAGUUUUCGAGUAGUCAAUAGCUGUGGACUGGGACUCGAAGUGUUGUCCGUAAAAUAACAAGAAAUGCAUCAACAACUUCCCGGGAGUCGUCUCGCCUGAACACAGUACUUCGAUUACAUCAUGAAAGCCCUGUGGGAAUCCCGAUGAGUCUGGAGAGCUGUUAGGAUUAGCAUCCGGUGAAGCGAAGAGAGGGUCCUUCUGCUGCUUCGUAGUAGCGCAAGAAACACUCUUGCGGAUCUUAGCUUGUUCGAAAUUCACCUGUUGAGGCUUUGUCGAUGUWUCAUCUUCUUUUUCUACUUUCGGUUUCGUCAACUUCGAUGUCGGUGGGUCAAGAAGUCCAUCAAAUCGUUUCUUUCCUUCGUUCUUUUUGACAGCCGGAAUCUUUUUAGUUGCAACUGCAAAUGAUUUUCCCUUGGCAACAGCGUCAGCAAAACUGCUUGGUUUCUUUGGUACUUUCUGGUCUUUAGCAUUCGGCAUGGUACCACUCGAUUCGGGCUUUGAUUCCGAGGUCUUCCCUGGGUCUUCUUGUUUUUUCUCCGGUGAAGCUAGACUAGAAGAGCUCGCUUUGCUCCGUGCUAUGGUUGCCCAAGACGACGGAGCMGAGGAUUUUGRUGCUGAAUUAGGAGCCACUGCUGCUCCGGCUUUCUUUAGUGGCUUGGCUUGUUCUAUAUUAGCAGGUUUCUCCUUCCACGCUSUGGUUUCUAGUUGUUCCUUUGGAUUCACCUUGGUUCUUGCCGUACUCUCUUGUCUCCGUGAUACAGCGMGUGAAUAAUUAGUUUCCACUUCUUGAGGCUUCGAUGGAUCAAYGUUUUUGCUUCGGCUCUUUUCUGGGUAAUGUUUCUGACCAUCGYUGGCAGCAACAUCAAACGGAUUUAAGUUGGUUGGUUGAGGAGCUGCAUUUCCACCUCCCGAUGCAACUACUCUUCGCUGCCGCUCUGUUUUUUCGAGUUCCUCGCGGAUAAUUUUUCUUUCCCCAAUCAUCGAGAUCACCAACAAAAGUAGUGCAUAACUACUUAGUCCSCCAGAGAACGGCUCGUUUGACCUCCUUUGUGCUAGYAAUUCCUUCAGAACCAUAAGCACUUGCACUUGGGGGGUGCAUUCUGCAGGGAGAGUAGUUUCGUUGGCGAAAUCAUCAACAACCUUUUUGGAAAAUUYGGUUGAUCCAAUGCCCCCAUGUUCAGGACCUUCGAAUGUGAUAUCAACCUUUAAAAGUCCAUUUACAACAUCUGCUCCACGCCAAAGAGGAGAUGAUUGCUGACUUGAGUAGUGGGACAUAUGUUUCUGAUUUCCAUGAAGAACCUCUGAAUUUUCCACACGACUAUUYGGAGAUAUGGGUUGAGGUGAUUGCCCAUGUAUUGGCUGCUGUACUAGCCAGUCUGCGUUGCCAUUCAUGAUUGCACCUUGGAGCCUUGCCGGGUCAGCUAAUAUCUUUAUGACAGGGACACUAGCAGUCGGAAUCGCCUUCACGUGAACCGCCCAUGGUUGGUGUUCUAGUUCCAUCGCUAAGCGAAGCACACGUUCAGCAUUUAGGCUCAUGUGCCCAUACAUCAUUUGCAUUUGAUAAGAAGUCAUUUGAUGUUGUGAAAAUCUUUGUUCUGGAGUAUAUGCGGRUACAUCUUUGUGACUUUCUGCCUUUGUAGAUUCAUCUUCUCGGUUGUUGUCAUCGUCUGUACGGCUUGCAUUACCUGGGGAGUUAGAUGCAAUAGAGGAMGAAUUUGUUGGACUCUGAAUAGAUUCAACGUAUGGCCUAUCUAAUCCGCAAACAACGACAUCAAGGUCGGAAGAAGGAAGGUCUAGGUUCGUGGCACAACUACCAUACAUUUCAACAGUAGGGUUGCCGGGCCAAAUGAGACCUAAAGUUUUUUCRAGUGCUGCCAAAACCAAACCUCUUUCAUGCCUUCGUACUGYUAAAGCGGUCUCUCGUCGUUUCAUGAAAACAUCAAUUUCGCGUGAUAGUCGGUCACAUACACUGAGCAAAUGGCAACCAACAUCAUUUUCAGACUGAUGUGAUUUGUUUCCAUGGUGUCCUGCAUGAGGAGCAUCGAGACUGGAUGCGACUGAUGAUGAUGUACUGUUGUUAUUCCCUGGACUCAGCAAAGUAGGCAACGGUGGUGGARGAGAAACAUACUUAGAUGGAUCCGAUGGUGUUUUCUUCGGUUUUUUAGAUUCAGCACUCUCGCUAUCACUCGAGUUGGAGCUCUGAGCCGUUCCUGGCUUUCGUCGCGUUACAUUCGUUACAGAUGGCGUGAAGGCGGAGUUUGUUGAUGCAAUGGUCGGAAGGGUGUUCUGAUCAGCAGGUGACGCACGCGCAGCUCUCAAUGCCUUGUUUGUUUUCGAACCUGUUAUAUGACUUGAUUUCUCACUCUUUUUUCUCUGAAUAUUUUUCUUUGCGUCGUUCGAAUCAGAUUGCAUCAGUGAUUUUGCCCGCUCUGAAUAUGGUAAUGGUCCUGAUUUCACUGUGCUUGUACUUUUAACAUGAUGGUUCUGRUUGCUUARUUUUCCUCUGACUAGAAUGUCCCGCAAAGUAUUCUUUUGCGAGUUURCCUUCUGWUGUGUCACUGAGGUCGAGCUCUUCUUGAUAGGAAGGGCAGGAGCAUUGUUACUGCCAGAAGAAGUUGCUUUGAUUCUUUGAAGAUGCGCAUGUUCUCGGCUAGCAUUGCGCCUCCGACGUAAAUCGUCUUCAACCGAAUCCAAAAUACCCCCAAUGAUCUCUCUCACCAUCUUCCGAGUCUUGAUCCUGGCYCUGGCUUCCUUUGUUCGGGGGGCUUUUUUCUUGGUAUUUGUAGAAGUGUUGCUUUGUGAACCAAUGCGUGUACUAUUAGCCUUAUCGMUUGCCUUUUUCCUUCCUCUCGGUCUUACUUCCACCGUUUCCCACUGGUCUUCCUGGUCAUCAAUAUUUGUAUUUUGGGCUUCUUUGGGGUCUUCGUUUUGUGGCGCUUUGAAGUCAUUCGUUGGAAACUUCGRUUGUUCAGGAACAAUACUUACAGAAUCAUCCGUCUUGAGCAAAUCGAUCUCAUCCCCAGCUUCGCUCUCCGACUUAUCGCGAGACGCACUGAUCGUCUCUUCUUCGUCCGCAUUKAAUAAAGUUACUGUUGCAUU